AUGCCACAAAACCCUUCUCGACCCAUGGAGGUUUCUCCUGGGUCUCAUAUGAGAGGGAGACCGUCGUUUUCCUCUGCGAGGACGGCAUCUAGCUCAAACACUUUGACCUCUACCACGGUGUUAGAGUCCAAUAAUGCAGAGUCGUAUUCUGGGGCGACUUUCGAGACGGUACCAAGUUCGAUUGUUUCUUUUCACCAUCCACAUUCAUUCCAUUCAAACCUGAGUACCAACGCUUUAAGCAGUUCGAUGGCCUCACACGAGAGGCGAGACCGAAGACCUGUGGAAGAGGAGUCCUUAGUCACUCGACGCACUUCUAGGUCCAGAAGCGGGUCCAGGACGCCGCAUUUUCGAUUUUUUUCCGAAGAAGAAAUUGAACUCGCAGAGGGUGUGGCGUCGACCAUGGAAAUAGCCGAUUACGAUAUCGACUGGGACGCUACGCCCUCUUACGAGCAACGAAGACUUCAAUACCAGCACAGGUCUAGCAGAUCCUCGCUCAGAAGCGGAACAGGACGCUCUUUGGUAUCUAAUCGAUCCAAGUCAUCUACACAUAGGUCCGAAUCUCUGGGCUCCUACGGCAGUAAUGGGAGGUCUCGUGGUGCUGGUGGACUUUCACAAACGGAUCGGAUUGUCUCUUCCUCCCCCCAAUCGUCCUUGGCGUCCUCUCGCUACAGUUUCAGAGACAGAAUUCCAGCAGAAAUCGAAAAUGGAGAUGGUCCUCUUUCCAUACGCAGCUCGCGAUCCUCUCAUAGCGAAACCAACGAAACUGGUCUUCUAGACAACGAGGACAGAGAUUCGGAGCAUGACCAAGGCUCAGAACAUCGGAAAAAGACCGCUUACCGUGCAGAAUACUUGUCUCCUCAGUACCAUGAUAUGUUUUUCCCCCAGUUUGUGCCGCAUUUGCACUUUCAGCGUUUUUAUAUAGCUGAGGAGGAUUUGUUGGUUGGUAUUGCGGGCUAUCGGACAUCCUACUUGAGACUCUACUUAUACUAUGCUUUAUCAGUUUUCACAUGUGGACUUUUUUACUUAUCGCUCAGAUGGAUUCCGCGUUACAAAGUUCAAUUUAUUGGUGUUAAAACGGCGUUAGCGAAGGCUGAAUGGGUCGCUGUUGAAAACGAAUUCGGGGAACUGUCUUUGAUAAAAGUAAACCGUCAAUGGUACAAUCGACCUCUCAGUACAUUGAUUUUGCCAGAACCAGGCGACGUUGGUGAUGUACUUCCACCUCGUCGUCAUCAUAAUCAUCGUGAAAGUGACAAAAAUCCAAAUGUUCCAAUAAUGAUCAGUUUUUCUUACAGAUACAUCAAUCUCAUUUACACGCCUUUGGGUGAUCUUUUCAGAACUAACAGCUCAUGGACAGAUGCAGAUUGGCUUGAAACCUCGUCGCUGAGCAAAGGACUGUCGUCAUCUAUAGUGGAGGACAGAUUAUUGGCAUUCGGCAAAAAUAGCGUGAACUUGAAGCAAAAAAGCGUUGCACAAAUUCUUUUCGACGAGGCUCUCCAUCCUUUUUACGUUUUCCAAAUCUUUUCAAUAAUUUUGUGGCUGGCAGAUGACUACUAUUAUUAUGCUGCAUGCAUUCUUAUCAUCUCCGUCUUUUCUGUUACAGAAACACUAAUAGAAACGAGAAAAACUUCUCAAAGAUUGUCAGAAAUCUCGCAUACCAAUCACGAAGUUCGCGUUCUGAGAGAUGGAUUUUGGGCUCAAAUUAAUUCAAGCGAACUUGUGCCCGGUGACGUUUUCGAAGUUUCCGAUCCGUCCCUUGAGAGCUUCCCAUGCGAUUCCCUAUUAUUGAACGGCGACUGCAUUGUCAAUGAGUCGAUGUUAACUGGCGAAUCCGUACCGGUAUCUAAAAUUGCCGCCAGUACAGACACCGUUCUCGCAUUAUUAGAAGAUUUUCAAAAUUCACAAAUAUCUAAUCAAGUUGCCAAAUCAUUCCUAUUCAAUGGAACAAAACUUAUUAGAGCUCGUAUCACGAAGGGUCAAAAUGUUGCAUUAGCUAUGGCUGUGCGCACGGGCUUUUCGACAACUAAAGGAUCUCUCAUUCGUUCGAUGGUUUUCCCCAAGCCAACUGGCUUCAAAUUUUACAGCGAUUCUUUCAAAUACAUCGGAUUCAUGGCUUUGAUUGCCAUAAUUGGCUUUAUGAUCAGUUGCGUGAAUUUUGUCAGGUUAGGUCUUGAUUACAAAGUCAUGAUUUUGCGGGCAUUAGAUAUCAUUACCAUUGUCGUACCGCCUGCCCUUCCUGCUACUCUUUCUUAUGGAACGAGCUUCGCACUGACGAGACUCAAAACCAAGGGUAUAUUUUGCAUAGCACCAACUCGGGUGAAUGUUGGAGGUAAAAUUGACGUCAUGUGUUUCGAUAAAACUGGUACAUUGACCGAAGAUGGUUUGGAUGUUUUGGGAGUCCACGUUGCGCAGCCUCGUGGUCUCCAGAAACUUGGUUUCAGCGAACUGAUCACCGACGUGCAUGAUCUAUUCAACAAGUUCUCGCUAAAGGAUUGUAGCUCUCCACAUGACUUCAAAGCUAGAAACUUUAUGACUUCGUUAUUAACUUGUCACUCAUUGAGAGCGAUUGAUGGUGAGCUUAUAGGAGAUCCGCUGGACUAUAAAAUGUUUCAAUUUACUGGUUGGGCGUUCGAUGAAGAUUUUCAAAAUUCCAAAUUUCAUUCCUUGAAUGAGGAGAGGUACGAUCAUAACAAUUUACCUGAAAAUGCUGGAAUUUCGCCCGCGGUGGUACACCCAAAUGCCUCCAACCCUAACAACAAGUUCACCGAGAAUGACCCUCAAAAUCUCUUGGGCAUAGUGCGGAGCUUUGAAUUUCUGGCACACUUGAGACGUAUGAGCGUGAUAGUCAAACCUUUUGGAGAAAACGUUUUCUGGGGGUUCACAAAAGGUGCUCCAGAGGUGAUAUCUGAAAUUUGCAACAAAAAUACCAUGCCGCGCAAUUACGAAGAGCUUUUGGAAGAAUAUACGCAUAAUGGUUUCCGUGUUAUUGCAUGCGCGGGCAAGACCUUACCAAAACACACCUGGAGAUAUGCACAGAAGAUUAGCAGAGAAGAACUCGAGUCUAAUCUUGAGUUUUUGGGAUUUAUUGUUUUUGAAAACAAGCUAAAAGGCUCAACCUCAGAGACUUUAAAAACUCUGAACGACGCAAAGAUCAGAACCAUUAUGUGUACUGGUGAUAACGUUUUAACAGCUAUAUCUGUUGGAAAAGAAUCGGGAUUAAUUAAGGAGCCGGAAGUCUAUGUCCCAUCUAUCAACGAAAGUAUGGAUCCUGCCGAAAACUUGAUCGUUUGGCAGGAAAUUCAUGAUCCCGAAAAGGCGUUUGAUGACAUUACCUUGAAGCCAGCAAAUUCAAACGCGGAUUAUACGCUAGCUAUGACAGGUGAGGUUUUCAGAUUGGUUUUCAAAAACAAUGAAGUGUUACCGGAGUCAUAUGUGAAUGAGGUUCUCUUGCGUACUUCCAUUUACGCACGAAUGUCACCCGACGAAAAACAUGAAUUGGUGGAACAACUUCAAAAGCUCGAUUACAUUGUGGGGUUUUGUGGGGAUGGUGCAAAUGACUGUGGUGCUCUCAAGGCCGCUGAUGUCGGUAUAUCCCUAUCUGAGGCAGAAGCAUCAGUGGCCGCACCUUUUACGUCUGGAAUUUUUGAGAUUAGUUGCGUUUUGGAUGUAAUCAAAGAGGGUAGAGCCGCCUUAACUACGUCCUUCUCAUGUUUUCAGUACAUGAGUCUUUAUUCAGCGAUCCAAUUCAUUUCAAUCACCAUGUUAUACAGUAGGGGUACCAAUUUGGGCGACUUCCAGUUUUUGUAUAUCGACCUGUUGCUGAUUGUACCGAUAGCAAUCUCGAUGUCGUGGUCCAAACCGUACGAUCGAAUUGUCGCUAAAAGACCAUCAGCCAAUUUGGUGUCACCAAAAAUUUUGGUCCCCAUGGUUGUCAACAUCCUUAUCAUUUUCCUAUUCCAGUUUACUCCGUGGAUAAUCGUUCAACGCAUGCCAUGGUACGUGAAACCAAUUGUUGGUGGAGAUGACGCUGUGCAAUCAUCUGAUAACACAAUACUAUUCUUCGUUUCCAACUUUCAGUACGUCAUGACCGCGGUCGUGUUAUCAGUGGGACCACCAUACCGUGAACCUGCGUCUAAAAAUCCAGCAUUUUUAUUGGAUAUUGCAUGUUCUACUUUACUGAGCAUUGUGCUGAUGCUACAAAAGCCCGAUGGAUACCUUGGUCGUCUGUUUGAGCUGACCGGAAUGCCAAUGAGUUGGUUAAUCUUUAUUUUAUUAUGGGCCAUAGUGAACUUGUAUGUUCUACUUUAUUUGCCUAAACAAGCAAAGCAAACCUUCAAGAAACGUCAGAGCAGCAAAAAAUACAAGCGAAUCUUAAGCGCUGCAACUAGAGGAUUUGAUGCAUGA